GCCCCAGUCCCGCCAUGUCCCAGAAACAAGGAGAAGAGAACCCUGCGGAGGAGACCAGCGAGAUGCAGGACACGCAGGAGAAAGAAGGUAUUCUCCCGGAGAGAGCUGAAAAGGCAAAGCUAAAGGCCAAAUACCCGAGCCUAGGACAAAAGCCUGAGGGCUCGGACUUCCUCAUGAAGAGACUCCAGGAAGGGCACAAGUACUUUGUCUCAGGAGACUGUGACAUGGUCAAAGGCAACGCGAAGAAUAAGCAGCUGCCAAGUGCAGAACCCGACAAGAACCUAGUGACUGGUGACCACAUCCCCACCCCACAGGAUCUGCCCCAAAGUCCUCGCUCCUCCCAGCAAGCUUGCUGGUGGCCAGGUUGA